CUGCUUGAUUUCAGAGUCAAGUACAAUGUAGUCCCACAGCCUGCAGGUGUCUCUCCCUGGAGAAGGCUGCAUAGCCCCUCGGCAUCAUGUGUGUUACGCUAGCAGAUGUUCACUUGCUCUUCAUGCUGCCUCUGAGACAGACCUUCUCUGAUUCUUUCAGCACUCUUAGCCAUGACACACACAACAAUACAGCUACGUUUCUGCUGGCUGCAGCUGCUCUUGUAACACACCAAGACGGGAUUUCAAAUAUAGAGGAAAAUGGGAGGAUGGCUGCAGCAUUUCCUUCACUGUUUCAGCAACAGAUUGGAAGAAGCUGAGAGUUUCUGUGACUGGAAAACCACAUUCUGAAUUGUGACGGGCUUUGAACUUCCCAGCCCCAAAAAACCCACAUUUGAUUUCUUUUCUCCGCAGGAGGGGGCGGGUUACCAUGAAGACAAACCGAAGAUGCAGAGCCCUCCUAGCAGUGAGUCUGAACCUGAUGGCUCUCCUCUUCUCCACCACAGCCUUUAUCACAACCCACUGGUGUGAAGGGACUCAGAGGGUCCCCAAGCCAAACUGUGGGAAAGACAAGAAGACAAAUUGCCUCAACUACAGUGGGAAUGAGACGGCCAAUGAGACAAACCAGAACGUGGUGCACUAUAGCUGGGAGACGGGGGAUGACCGCUUUCUCUUCCGGUAUUUCCACACUGGGAUCUGGUACUCCUGUGAGGAAAAUAUCAAUGCUGCUGGUGAAAAAUGUCGAAGUUUUAUUGACCUUGCCCCGGCUUCUGAGAAAGGUGUCCUGUGGCUAUCGGUCGUGUCUGAAGUGUUGUACAUCACGCUGUUAGUCGUUGGGUUCAGCCUCAUGUGCCUAGAGCUCUUCCAUUCGAGUAAUGUGAUAGAUGGGCUCAAGCUAAAUGCCUUUGCUGCUGUCUUCACUGUGCUGUCAGGUCUCUUGGGGAUGGUGGCUCAUAUGAUGUACACCCAAGUUUUCCAAGUGACAGUCAGCCUCGGACCAGAAGAUUGGAGACCACAUUCAUGGGACUAUGGCUGGUCCUUCUGUCUGGCGUGGGGUUCUUUCACCUGCUGCAUGGCUGCCUCAGUCACUACAUUGAACUCUUACACUAAGACUGUAAUUGAGUUCAGACACAAGCGCAAAAUCUUUGAGCAGGGCUUUCGAGAGGAGCAGACCUUCCUAGACCAGGAGGCAAUCAAGUACUUCAGAGAAAGGACAAAGGAGGAGAGGGAUGAGGAUGGGGAUCUGAGGUUACAGUGCCUCCAUAGCUGCUCCCCAAAUAGGCAGCGCAACACCCAGCUCUAAACGUUACUAAAGUGAGAAGGACCAGGAGUGGCCACAAUGCUCAGAAAACAUCCCCAUGUUCUACAUCAAGCUCCUCCAGCGAUACAUCAACCAAUGCCUCGCUUUCAUCAGAGCCUGUCAGCCAGACCUCCAUGGGGCAGAACCCAACCAUGCUGGAAGUUGGUCACGUCACUCAAUUGGCCCCAAGAAUAACAUCAAGACCUAGAACAUUGGAGCAAAUGAAUCCAAAACUAGUGACAUCAGGUUCCAGCCCAACCAAUCCAAGGCCAAAUACAUCAUCUCAUUCCGCCAGCCUCAGGCCUAAUCUAACAUCCAGCUCAGCCAAUCCACAGCAAGACCCAGAAUCCCAGGCAGGACUCAAUCUGACCUCCUCAUAUUCCUGUUGUCCUCACACAGCACAAACUCUACAAGCCUCACCAUCAGACCACACAAUGAUUCCAAGCAGGAAAAGCACAAGGCCUAAAGUGACAGCAAACCCCAGUGAUAGCUCGCAAUCUGCUGGCUACUCCAAUUCUGGGUUCACACCUACAGGAAGGAAUCUUGAACCGACUCAUGAAGAUCCCCUUUGCAAAAGCAGGAGAUUUGUAACCCUGAAGGAAUUCCAAGCCAUGGAGAGAGAACUGGAUGAUGUAAAAGAAGAACUGAAAUGCCUGAAGUGGAAGGUGAGACAUAUUGGUGAGACUGUGCCGCCUCGCGCAGAAGACAGCAAGCGUUACAAUGGCUAUACCCUGACUGAGCUUAAGGCAAUGGUGCAGUUUGAAAAUGACCCUUACAAAGCGGCACACAAAAUCCUAACUGCUCUCUUCAGUGAUGUGUACUUGCUGCAGCACUCUGUCACUGAACAGGCCUGCAAUUCGAACUCAGGCCCCAUGCCCAAGAUAGACCCGGAGCUGUACAUGGUGUACUGUAACAUUCUGAAAAGCCUAUUCCCUGGAAUCAGCAGCCAAACCUUGAGAGAAAAGACACAGCAUGUGCAGAAACGAAUCCAGAAAGAAGUCCAAUAAAACCAAGCAAAUCCAGCAUCUACAGAGGCCCAGGAACCCUGCAUUCUGUACAGAUUUCAGAGCACUGAAUUGUGACAUUGUAUGUUACCUCUAUCUGCAAAUGCUUGGUGAACUCUGAGUCUGUCACGUUACCUUUUCCUGAGGAGACAGGCCAGGAAGACUUUCUGUGCAGCUUCACAUUUGAAAGAAAAUGUCCCCUUAGAACUUCUUUCGACAUAUUGAUGUUCCCUUGGUUCCAGCAGCAGCAAAUGCUGCCAAAAUAAGCCAAAGCCGGCACUGUGUGUGAGGGAAAGGGCCUCCUCUCAUGGCUCCAUGGAACACGGCUCUCAUCUGGAUCCCAGCACCCAGCUAGUUUCUAUUUUCUAUAGUGCAUCAUUCAUUAAAUCGCAUCAAUUGUUAAAAAA